AUGAUCGCACUCUUUGUCACUCUUUACUCUCUGCUUUGUCUCUGCACAGCUGUAAAAACUUCUGACAUCGAGGAGCUUCACGUGAAAACAGUAAAGCAUGGAGCAAAUGUAACUAUGGAGUGUAACAUUAGCAGUGUCAAAGACAAAGAUAAGGUAGUUUGGUACAGACAGAGUUUUGGAAAGUUGCCUCAGUUUUUUGCAAAACCAUACAGGAGCAAUUUGAGCUACACAUUUGAUCCAGGAUUUAAAGUCAGCCGCUUCAGUAUUACUGUAAAUGACCAUAAGUUUGAUCUCAACAUUAAUGGAAUGAUAGAAGAUGAUGAAGGAGAUUAUUUCUGUGGAGAAGUGGAGGGAAAUGGAAUAAAGUUCACAUCUGGAACACGUCUGCAAUAUGAAGGUAAAGAGAUGAAACUCUGUCCUUCACCUGGAACGGUUAACAAGAACACAGAUUCUGUUACACUCCAGGGUUCAGACAGCAGAGAUGGAAAAGGUGCUUCAUCAAGAAAACAUCCAAUUCCCACCAAUCAGGCUGAUGAUGAAGAUGCCUUGAACUAUGCAGCUGUGAGAUUUGCUAAGAAACCUUCAUCCUCCAGAACAACCAGAGGCAAGAGCCAUGAAGACGUUUAUGCACAAGUUAAAAUAAAUUAGAUAAAGUGAAAUGAAUUCAGACUUGAAAAACAAUAUAAAUAUAAUCAUUCAUCCAGUUUGUAGACAGAUGUGUCAUAUUUUAAUCAGACAAAAACCUUUUAUUGCUGUAAGUUUUACCUUCAUUUUCAAACAUGUUUAAUGUACUCUUUUGCUGUACUUGAUGGAUGUAGGUUGUUUUUAUUUAUUUAUGUUGAUCACUUUUAUUUUACUUUUCCAUUUGGGAUGUUUUCUCAGCAUUUUCUCUUAAAAUAGUGCACACUUUUUCUACAAUGUAAAAACAUUUUUUUUUUACAUUUUUCUGAAGGUUAAGCUAUCAAGAAAUGGCUCAUGGUACACAACUUUAUUAAACUUUUGUUUUGUAAUUUAUUUUG